AUGAAGUGCGAUGAGGCUCUACCAAGCUGCAAGAACUGUAUACGUCGCAAGAUAGAAUGUCCCGGCUAUGUGAAGCCGCUCAAAUGGUCGGGCAAGCACGAGAAGAUCAGGGCCAAACCCACCUCUGAGACUGUCCAAGCGCCCGAGGUGACAGCAGCAUCGUCUCAAGACCACGGCGUAGUCGACAGCGCCGUCGGACUGCUAUCGGCUGUACUGGACAAUGCUCGCGAAGAUGGUUCUUCUGUUCAUGGCCUUGCUCGAGUCGACAGUGCUGGCACGAACGAGCCGAACGUGUACGAGCCUCAGGAUGACAUUUUGAAAUUCGAGGUCAACUCCGGUUACAACCACCUGCCGUCCUUUCCAUUCGAACGCCUCGAUGGACCCACGGCCGCCUGGAUGCUCGAAGAUGAACAGGAUCCAAGUGUAGUGCCCGGACUGGACGACAUCAUCGAAGACAUGACAGCGGAAGAUAUGUUCGUCCCGGAAGCCAACCUACCACUAACAACGUGGUCCACUUCAUUUGCGGAUGACAACGACGAACCUGCGGAACAACUCAUUUCACGCUAUUUCCAGGCCGCCUGUCGGAUAAUGAGCUGUUUUGAUUCACCCAGCAAUCCGUACAGAACCGAUAUUCCACAGGCCUCGACGAUGUUUCCGCAUCUCUAUCACUGUAUGAUGAGCAUGACUGCUGCACACAUGGCGAACUUCUCCGGUGAGAUGGCAAUGGCGAAUCUGAACCACCAGACCAAAGCGGUCAACACUCUUCAGGAAGAGAUGGCAAAGCUCGCUGUUCAUGACUCGCCUAUUACUGGCACAUCAGCAGCCAGAUACCGAAUUCUACUCGGAACUAUCAUGCUUGGAAUGACUUCGGCUUGGCAUGACCCGUCAGCGUAUACACUGUCUCAUCUUCAAGGAGCACGGCACUUAUUCAAAACGUGGUCUGCGGAGCUCGGGCUGGUGAAUGAACAUGGGCAUGCCGUAAUACUUGAUCGCGAGCAGUCCUUCAUCGUUGGCUCUAUGGCAUAUUGGGAAGCGCUCGCUUCCUUCUUGACGGAUCAGCCGCUGGACGUAUUGGACUAUCUGGAACCUUGCUGCUCCACACCAAUGGAGCAGAAUAUCUAUCCUAAUAGCUGGACUGGAGUGUCAUCACCGAUCUUCAUUCGACUUGCGCAAGUCGGAAUCCUCAUGCGGCAGAAGCGAGUACUGCAAAAGGUAGCUUUCAUCAAGCGAGGCCAUGCAGCUGAGGACCCUAGCAUUCUUGAAGACGCAAGAACACUACACACCAAGAUCAUGGACUGCCAUCUGCCGCCUAAAGAAGCAAUGGAAGAGACAGGCGACCCCAACACGCCGCUUUCUCACCUGUGUGACGUCGCCAAGGUAUACCGCUUCAUCGCACUGUUGGAGCUGUAUCAGGCCUUUCCCGCGCUGCUCAUCGAACUGGGAACUGGAAGUACUUCACAGCGGCGCGCAUCAUUCGGCUGGGGACGAGAAGGACUCGUAUUUGACCUGGCAACCAGCGCGCUGAAUAUAUUGUCAGAACUACCCAAGACUUCGAACGUCUUCACUGUCCUGGCAAUCGCCUACAUCUCAGCAGGCAGUGCCAUACAGCCACCACUUGUUGGACGCAAGCCAGGCUCCAGCGACGCAAGCGCCGAUAAUGGACUGACAGCUGAACUCGAUAGCGUAAGGCAGAGCAAGGCAGUCGUCCGCUGGUGGAGAGAUCACGUCCGUGAGCAGAUUAUCCACAUCCACAAACAGUUGGGCUUCGCUUCCAUACAACGGGGCGCAAAACUUGUGCAAGAAGUCUGGAAUCGAUCGGAUAUACAGUCGGAUAUGUCGGCGAACGAGCAGAUGCCAACGGCAAUACAUUGGAUGGAUGUCAUGAUUGACCAGAGGCUUGAGACGCUCUAUGGCUGA